AUGGGGGAAUUACAAUAUCCCGGCGCACCUAGCGUCGUUGAAGAUGAACGUCAGUACCGCGCACCUUUCAGACGAGCCCCCCAAUACAGGUGGCCUGCCCCCCAACCACCUCAGCCCUCAGCUUUCGCCCCAUGGAGACGGGCCCCUGCACCUCCAAGACCUCCAGAUUACAGACGCAGUGCAUCAUACCCUGGAAAACCAGAUGAACCUUACCAGGAUCGAAGUGGUUUAGACAACAUGAGGUCACUAGAGCACUAUUUGACAGAUAUUAUGCGAGCAGACACUUCUGACCACAUGAAGGGUAAAUCCCCGUUCUUCCCAGGAGUUGAGGAAGGGGGGGUAGCUAGCGGAGCCGGCGCUGGAUCGCCCUCUGGACCCACAGAUCAGACGCAGGACGUCGUCUCCAGGCUUAGUGCUGCUGGUCUAUCAAUGUGCGUGAGCGCGUUGGGCUCGCCGGCGCGGUCGUCCCCCGUCUCAGCCGGGUCGGAGCACGGCGAGCGGUUCAGUCGGAAAGUCUUCGUCGGUGGACUCCCUCCGGACAUUGAUGAAGAUGAAAUCACGUCAUCAUUCCGUCGCUUUGGGCCGCUGGUGGUCGACUGGCCGCACAAGGCCGAGAGCAAGAGUUACUUUCCGCCCAAGGGAUACGCUUUCCUACUGUUCCAAGACGAGAGCUCAGUGGCCGCUCUGAUGGAGGCGUGUAUCACGGACGACGACAAGCUGUACCUGUGCGUGUCGUCGCCCACCAUCCGCGACAAGCCCGUGCAGAUCCGCCCCUGGAGGCUGGCGGACGCGGACUUCGUCCUAGACGCGAGUAUGCCUCUAGACCCAAGGAAGACAGUCUUUGUGGGGGGCGUGCCCAGACCUUUGAAGGCUGUGGAGUUAGCGAUGAUAAUGGACAGACUGUACGGCGGCGUGUGCUACGCCGGCAUCGACACGGACCCCGAGCUCAAGUACCCCAAGGGCGCGGGCCGCGUCGCCUUCUCCAACCAGCAGUCGUACAUCGCGGCCAUCUCGGCGCGCUUCGUGCAGCUGCAGCACGGCGACAUCGACAAGAGGGUCGAGGUGAAGCCGUACGUGCUGGACGACCAGAUGUGCGACGAGUGCGCCGGCGCCCGCUGCGGCUCCAAGUUCGCGCCCUUCUUCUGCGCCAACGUCACGUGUCUGCAGUACUACUGCGAGCAUUGCUGGGCGACGAUCCACUCGCGUCCCGGCCGCGAGUUCCACAAGCCGCUGGUGAAGGAGGGCGCCGACCGCCCGCGCGCCGUGCCCUUCCGCUGGUGU